AUGGCCACCACUAUGCUUCCCCACCAUUCUCGGGACUUCAUGGAGGUGCUGAGCCCCGAGGACUUUGAGACGGCCUCUAUCCGCUCUGCUGCUCCGUCCUAUUCUUCCGAAACGCCGUCAACCCACUAUACCGUCCCGAACCAUGCCGGCGGCUCUUUGCCCCCGUACGCGCCACCGGAGCGUGUGCCCGGCGCCGCCUCAUCCAACCGCCACAAUUCUGUUCCUUCUGCACAGUCGGCUCCCAUGGCCUCGUCUGCUCGGCGCGCCGGCUCAGCAUCAGCUGCUUCCGGCCUACCCAGCAUCGCGAGCUACGGGCUCUCUAUGGACAACGAUAUAGGCCGUCGCGGCGAGAUGCCCAACCUGUCACAGUUUCGCAUUCCGUCGUGGUCCAGCAUCUCGUCGAACCCCAACGCCCGCCUCUACCACUCCGUCGCCCUGCGCCGCGUCGCUGCUGCCGAGCACGCCUCUGCUGCUGCCGAGAUCGGCGGCCUCAUGCGACGUCUCGCCAUUCUCGAGCGCGCCGAGCUGGCGGAGGCUGUUGCAUCUGCCCGCAACGGUGCUAAUAAUAGUGGCAACGCACGAAUCGGCAGCAGCCAAGCCACCACCCGCCCUUUGGAGGAUCCUCACCUAGUCGGAGAGGCUGCUGCUCGCCGUACCCGUGCUGCACGACUGGCCCGUGACACCCCUGCUCCUGCAGACGACGCUCUCAUCCGCGAGGAUCGGCGCUGGGACUGGUUUCUUGGUUCGUUUGCUCGCCCUUCCAAUGUCCCCUCAUCACGCCACGGCCUAUCGCUCGCCCCGAGGCGCCACAUCCGUCUGCAUCCGGGCUUCAUACGCUGCCAGAUGAAGGGCCGUCACAGACCCGGAUGGAGCCAGUCGUCUUCCCGGAUUCGCCGGCAAUUUGAUGUUACCAGACUGCCGGCCGCCACUAUGCGGCACAUCCGUACUGGCCGUCUGUAA